GCCGACCUGACCUCGUCCUCUCCUGCAGAUGCCGUCGCCCACCCAGAUGACGACCUCCUGUUCCAGUCGCCGACGCUCCUCGACGACGUCGACAGCGGCGAGUGCAUCACGUCCAUCUUCCUCACGUCGGGCGACUCUGGCGCCGGUUCUCAAUACGCGAGGAGCCGCGAGACGGGCAACCAGGCCGCCUACUCGCAGAUGUUCGGCGUCAACAACACGUGGACCGAGUUCUACGCGACGUUCGGCGGUCAAUCCGUCCUCGUGCGCACGCUCGUCGCCAAGCCUCAGCACCAGGCCGUCUUCUUCCGCCUCCCUGACGGAGGAUGGGACACGGGCGGGUUUGCGGCAACCUCCUUCCAGACGCUGCGCGGGCUCUACUUUGGCUCGAUCUCGUCCAUCACGAACCAGCCGGGCGACGCGACCUACACGCUCACGACGCUCAAGCAGGCCAUCUCGCAAAUCAUCGCCGCCCGUCAGCCCAGCCGGGUCCGCACGCUCGACUACCUAUCCGACUUUGGCGGCGGCGACCACGACGACCACCUCACGACCGGCCGCCUCGUCAAGGACCUUGUCGGGUCGGCGAGCGUGAGCGGCUUCAUGGGCUACCCGGUCCAGAACCUCGCGCCGACGCUCUCGACCUCCUCGACGGCGUACAAGCGCAAGACGGCCGCCUUCCUGAGCUACACGCCGUACGACUCUGCCGAGUGCCAGUCGCUGUCGGCGUGCGCCAGUCGAGGCGAGGGGUCGUGGCUCCAGCGCGAGUACGCCGUC